CCGGCUUUUUGGUUAGCCAGCUAGCUUUCAUUAUCUUUUGUUGGCGAGAGUUGCAGUGAGUUUGUGUUUGUUGCGAAGAUAGAAGGCAAUGGCGUCCGCAAGUAAAAAAGGUGCUGAUGCGCAACCAGCUGCAAAGAAACACGACGAUGGGGCAGCAGAUCUCGAAAGGGUGACUGAUUAUGUUGAAGAAAUUGACGGAAAUACUGAAGGAAUCGAAGAGCUCGUGACUCAACUAACGGCUAGCCGAAAUCAGAAAGCUGCUGAGAAAGCAGAGCGGGAGCGCAAGUUGGCAAAAGUCAGUAUCUCGAAAGACGAUGUGUCACUGCUCAUGAGCGAAAUGGAAGUGACCAAGCCCGUGGCGGAGAGAACACUACGAUUGCAUGAUGGCAAUGUUGUGAACGCACUGACAGCUCUUGUGAAUGGUUGAGUUGAGUUUCUGCUACCCUGCCUUUGUGGAAACAGACCGCUACUUUCGCUUGAUGUUGCUCUGCUCUCUGUUCAAGCCUGCUCGCUGCUCCCUUGAGAUAUUGCCUUUCACCCAAACGAGUGCUACUGCUACUGCUACUGCCACUGCAGGCAGUGCUUUGAUACAGUAUGCACCCCAUGGUCAUGCACUUCCAUCUUCAUCUCAAACCAGACUAGUAGGCGCGCGCUGGCAAGUCUUGCAUCCCUGUAUUACGUUUGCUGCUGUUCUGAAGUAUGAACAAUGCAUCUUGCUUUGCUACUUAAAGUAUUUGAGAGACAACAUGACACCAACCGUCAAACACAAAAUACACUUCAUAAUUUUAGAAUUUUCAAAACAAAUCAUAAAUCCUUCUCAAGUAUUGACUCUA